CGUUCAGAAAUGUUAUUUCUCUGGGAGGAAUAUCUGCUGGGGGAAAAGCUGAAAACCAUUUCAGGGCGUUAGAAAACCCAGUCUGUGCGUCGCUGGGAAAAUUCCCCGUCCAUCCUUCGGCCCUCCUUUUCGUGAUCAGUUAUGCUGCUGACAAUGCCUGGAACCCGAGCAAAAAACUGUGAAGAGGGAGAGUACUUCCAUGAAGGACACUGCUGUGUAUCUUGUCCAGCAGGUACUUUUGCUGCUGAGCACUGCAGUGCUCCACAUUUGAGAGGAAAAUGUCGCCCUUGCAAGGAAGGAGAGAGUUAUACUGCCCAUGAGAACGGCUUGGACGAAUGCUUGUCAUGCAGACAGUGCAAAGAUGAUCAAGUAACUGUGAGACCCUGUACUCUGACACACAAUACUGAAUGCGAGUGCAAACAAGGGUAUUUCUGCACUGACAAGAGCUGUGAAAUAUGUCAGAGACACAAUAAAAUGUAUCCAGAAGGGAAAGAAAUCGACCGGAAUUGCAAUGCUACAACAGGCCUAGGAUGUGACUUACGGGAUCAAGGAAGCACAGCUCUUUCUUGGGUUAUUCUUCCAAUCAUUUUGGUUGUUGUUAUCGUUUUGCUGAUCUUGGUAUUUAAAAAGUUGAAGUGUCAUAAAGCUGCUUCAGCUGAUAAAGAUGUGGAGAAAAGUCUGAAGUCUGAGGGUGGUAGUGAAAGCCUCAUUUUGCCAGAAAGGAAGACACCUGCAUCUGCAAAUAACUCAAUGAACCCAGAGGAUGAGAACUGUGGUGAGAGCCCAGAGAGCCAAGCACAAAUCAGUAUUAACUUGGAAGUAGAAGACACAUCACCAGAGGAAGAUAGUGCACUUACUGAGCAGGGCACCAUCCUGCAUGGGGACUGGAAGCACCGUGUGCUAAGGUGGUUGAGGAGGAUUCCUGAGUCUUCAAAACCUGGCCAGAAUUCUGCUUUUCAUCAGAAUAACCUAUCUAAUGUAUCAAGUAUUAGAACACCAGCAAAUCGUGUGGUACGAGAACAAGAGCAUCGAAUAAUUGUUAAAGAUCUCUCUCAAAAAGAACGGAGAGUUUGCUUUGAGGCCUUUAUAAAGGAAGUACCACCAAAAAACUGGAGGCAGCUUAUGAGAACUCAUCUGCAUGACAAUGAUAUUGAUAAAAUUAUUUAUAACUUUCAUAAUGAUAUAGAAGAACAAUCCUAUCAGAUGCUUCUCAUCUGGAGAAACACACUGGGAGAAAAACAGUGCAUUAUUAAGUUACUGAGUGAGUUGAAGCAUAUAGAUAGGAAGGCUUAUGAUAAUGUAGUGAACACUUUAAAAAGUAAUAACAUUAUAAGUAAAGCGGAAGCUACAGAUAAAUGUUUAUGAGGAACUUGAGAAAUGCUCUUGUGUACAUAUACAUGUGUCUACAAACUUCUGUUAAAUGAGGACAUCAACAAGCUCCAGUAAAAGUGAUGGCAUGGACUUGAUAUCCUCCUCACCUCAUGUGGAGAGCUGGGAGGGAUUUCACACUGUCGGUGUUUACACGGACUCCGGUUGUGAUAUUCACUAAGGUCUUUUGAGUUGUGCAAUAUUGAACUCAGGCGCCGGAUGCCUGCUUGGGAGCGAGGGGCUCGUGCUUCCCUUUGUGUGUGGCAGUGCCGUGCUGUCCUAGCCUGUCUGGUGGGAACAAAGAGGCUGCUGCUGCUUUUGAGAGUAUGUGUGCUUUGGUUUCUUCGUACAGUUUUGUUUUGUAUCGGUCUGCUUAGCACCGUUGUGUUCGAAGCACAGCAAUAAAAGCCUGGUUGAGAGAGAA